CAUAUGAGGAAGUUUUGCCUUUUUUUUUCCUUUGUUUUGGAUCUUCAAGUGCAUAUUUGUCAUACUUCGGAAACCUUUAGCUAGCGUACAAAUAACGAGCUUAUAGUCUACAACGCAACUUCAUGCAAUUUUAUGAUUUUGUUUUGAUUGAACACGUGAGUUAGUUUAGUAUACAUCAUUUCUGUCGACUACUAACGUAACGGUAGCUAGCUAGUUAGCAAAUACAGUCAGGAGCAUUUCUUGAUGUCAAUCUCCGAAGGCUUGCUCAAAUCAUGACGGAUGAUGAGAACAAACCCGGCCUGCCGCUCUCCUUUACCGAACCCAAAUCUGAGGGUUCUGAUUGUAACAGUGGAGCCCAGAGUGAACAGCAGGCUCCAGAGAUGGCGUCAGUGAAGCUGGAAGACUGCAGUCAAACACUGGAGCUGAAUGUCAACGUUAAAGAUGAAGUAAAGGAGGAAGAGAUUGAAACAUUUGUGUAUCAUGGGCCGCCUGGAGAGAUCAAAGAAGAGAUGGAAGAACAGAAAGUCUUACUACUCAAAGGAGAAGGACCUGACUCCGCUGAACUUGAGGUUGAAACGUCCAGAGAGCAACACCAGGAAGAAAGCAAAGCUAAGGGGUCUAACCACUGUCCUCACUGUGAGAAGAGUUUCCCAUUCCCAUCAUAUCUUCAAAGACACCUGCGGAAACAUACUGGAGAGAAGCCUUAUUCCUGCCCUGAAUGUGGGAAGUGCUUCAGAACGUCAACUCAUUUAACCACUCACCGGGGAGUUCACACAGGGGAGAGACCUUACUCCUGCUCUGACUGUGGGAAGUGCUUCUCUCUUAUAAGUAACUUUAAACAACAUCAGCGAACACAUUCUGGAGAGAAGCCUUACUCCUGCUCUGAUUGUGGGGACAGUUUCUCACAACAUGGUAACAUGCGCCGUCACCAGAAAAGACAUUCUGGAGAGAAGCCUUACUCCUGCUCUGAUUGUGGCAAGAGUUUUAUUACAACAUCUGAAUUAAUCAGUCACCAGAGAGUGCACACAGGAGAGAAGCCUUUCCACUGUUCUGUCUGUGGGCAGAAUUACUUUAGCCUGAGUAACUUAAUACGCCACCAGAGAAUACAUACCUAGGAGAGAAGCCGUAUUCCUGCUUGACUGUGUGAAGGGCUUCAAAACAUAAUCUGAGCUAGUGGUCUUCACAGAUCAACCUGUACC